UCCUGCCCUCUCCCCUCAUGCCUCCUCUUUCCGCUCUCUCUCCCGGGCCCUGAUACGUCUUGCAUGUAUACAUCUUCCCUCUUGUUAUUUCCUCUCUCCCCGACCAUCUGCGUCUGCCAUUGUCUCCGAUAUCUCUCUGUAAGCGCAGCACACUGACAGGAUCUAAUGAAGUCUCAGCUCAUUGUCUCUCUCAAGUCAAUGCACUUUCUGACUCCCUGCCAAAUGUGCAAUAAUUUCCCAGGAGGAAAAGGAGGAGACUCCGUUGUAAAAGUAGAACGUUGAGAGUGGACAGAUGGAAAGACCCCGUACAAGUCGCCAUGCUGUGUGUCUGUGCGCUGGACGUAAUACAAGUGCCAGGGCUCUGGACAGCUGACUCAGGAGGACCAUGAAGUGGCAAGAAGGCAUGGCUCUCUGCGCACUGCUGCUCGUCUCCCUGAUACUCUAUGAUUUAGCGCCAGCGUGGGCACAGACGGCCUCCGCAGAUGCCGCUGGAGACCCCUACCACACCCAGUCACCCGUCCUGUUUAAUGUUCUGCAUGGAGAGAAUUUCUCUAUAAUGCUGAAUGCCAGGCAGAAAACCAGCACACCACCGUCUCUCACCACCCACAGUGACGGCACCACACAAGACACGAUGAGAAACCAGGACAGUGCCACGGCGAUACUCACCACUACGCAUCAGCUCACUGCGUCACUAUCAGGUGCAAGUAACAGUCACUCCGUUGAAUUACCUUCUAUGACUGUAGAAAACGCUACGGCAAAUGAGGGUGGCACCAGUACAACGUGUGUUACAGGCGAGAGCGGAACCGGCGUUCCCCUGACUACAAGUAGGAACACCACCAAUGGACCAUCACCUAUAGGAGAGAACAGCACCAGCACUCCAACUAAUAAAAACAAGUACAGCACUGAUACACCGACAGUGACAAGUGGAAGCACCGCCGGCAUGUCAUCUUCUGCAGGUGCCACCAGCACCAGAACGUUAUCCAGUACAAUGACACACAGCACGGUGCCCGCCACCUCCAAUAAGCCAUUUGCCAGCCUGAGAACUUCAGGGGAUGCUGUUGUGAACCCAAGAACCGUGAAGAGGACAGCGCCUGUGCGUAAAGCGGCUGGCAGAGUUUCGCUGAGUGUGAAAAUCCAGAGCAGCGACACUAAGGAAGAAGCCAUCAGAAAGUUCUCACAAAAGGUCUGUGACCUAAUUCUUAAUACCCUACAACUUGAAGAUGUCGGACUGACCUUGGGACCGGACAGGAUACAGAUAAUGUGUUUGGAUGCUGAUGUCUAACAAUGUUCCCGUCAGUCUUGGAGGAUCCAGUGUGGAAUCUCAUCUGCGAUCUAACAAUAGACACAGUUGCAAUAAGGGACCAUCCCUACGUGAGACCAGGAAUGAACUGGAACCAUUGUACUGUAGAUAGUCAUUAUUCUGGUUCCAGGAUGUAUCAGAAAUGUGAGGCACAAGCGGAGUGAGAGAGGCUCAUGGGCCAGAUCUUUCCUACAUGGACACCAAGGGAAAGUAACGUCAGACCAAGGGGUCUUUUUUACUAAACCUUGAAUGGAGAUAAAGUGGACGGAGAGAAAGUACCAGCCAAUCAGCUUCUAACUGUCAUGUUACCGUCUGUGUUUGAAAAAUGACAGGAGCUAAUUGGUUGGAACUUUAUCUACAUCCAAGGCUUAGUAAAUAGACCCCUAAGUGAUAUAUAUAUAUAUAUACUGCUCUCCUGUGUACUGGGGCCACCAAUCUGAUGUGUUGAUGAAUUGACCUGAUGGAGGAAACUGAUCGUUUUGCUUUGUUGUUUAACUGGCUUAUGGGGAGAUGUAAUAUAAAAUGGUGGCUGCUCAAUCAAUUUAAUAGUUCUUCACAGGUGCAUAAAAGGGAGGGGUCAUUCUAGACAAGAAAAAAGGAAAGAUAUUCCCCCAGCACACUGAAAAGAAUCAGCAAUGAGAUUUGAAUACUACAUGAUAAUAGAAAUACAGAGAUCUCAGUUGCACAUAUUUGCAAACAUAUGGUUAAGCCGCCAGGCUGCCACAAGGCACCUCUGUUUUUGGCGGUAUUGACAAUGGGCCUAAUUCAGACCUGAACGCAGCAGCAAAAUUGUUCUCUAA